AUGUCUGCCAUCAUCGAGAUAUGUUGGGGCGAGGUUGUGUGGAGGAAAGUAGACAGCAACUGGUUUUUCCGGCCCAGACCAGUUACUACAACGAACGGUGUCCCUGACAGAACCAUCCAAGCAAAGGCUCAGGAUGCAGCAUUGAGUCUGGCUGCAAGGUUGGCUGGCCUGCCUAUCAAAGACAACUUCUACGAGCAGUAUCCGCACAACAAGGAUCCCCGUCUUACAAAAGAGCAGCGGGACGUCCGUGAGAAUCUAACGGAGCCUGCAAGAGAAGAGACGAGAGCAGCGAUUCAAAUGAAGGAACAAGAAGAAGAAGAGCGACAAUCACGUCUAGAAAGCAAAAGGAAGGAACAGAGGCGACAAAUUCGACAGAUCUUACAGGAGCUAAAGAAGGAUCAGGAGAAAGAAGCACAGGAACCCCCUGUCGGAAAUGCCGAGGAAAAUACUGAUAUUGUGAGUGAAUCCUAA